CAGCCAAACCAGGAAUUACCGAUGCUGGAACUACAGCCAAACCAGGUACUACUGAUGCUGGAACUACAGCCAAACCAGGUACUACUGAUGCUGGAACUACAGCCAAACCAGGUACUACUGAUGCUGGAACUACAGCCGAACCAUCUUUGCCAAGUACAACUUCUUCUACUAUUGCAACCACCGCUACGCCACCAAUUCAGUGUGAGAACGGAGGUACACCUGAAGGACAGUCUUGCAACUGUCCUCCUGACUUCCACGGGGAGACCUGCAGAGAUUUUAAAACUGACAUAGUGCCAGGUACGCUCAAUAGGACAGCGGUGGUUCAUAAUAUGGAAACUAAUUCCCCGUACAUAGAAAAAUAUAACGACAAAACUUCAACUGAAUACACAGACAAGGUCAAGAAUUUCACAACAGAGAUGGAGGAAUACUACAAGAGUAAAGGGAUACGGAAUUUCACAGUGGAAAACUUAACUCUGAGUAAUUGGUCAGCUAUAACCAUACCCUUGGGACGUGGUAUAGAGGAGAAAAGGAUGGAAAACUCCUUGUACAACCCCAAGGCAGGAUCAUAUCGUGUGAAGAUCAAACACAAUAUCAUUCUGACGGUUCUGAAUGAACCAGGAGCUGAGCAACAGUACAAGAACUUCGUAGACAACGUUAAUUUAGCUUUGGCGAAUAUCAAAUUGUGUUCAGCUCUUAACUCAGGAUGUCCUACGUUUACUGUUGAGUCAGUGGAGGACGUACAAGAAACGCCACUUGAUGAGAAAGCUGUAUGUCAGAAAACAAUCAACCUUGAUUUUGCUAAAUACUUUGAGCCUUACAAUAAAGACGGGAAGUUGCUCUGUUUGACGGCAUGUGACCCCAGACAUAAUAACACUAAAAACUGCAACAGCGGUAUCUGUGAAGUAACCAGAGCCGGACUGUCAUGCAACUGUAAAAACACAAACUCAAUCUGGUACCUGGCUGACUGUAACCACCCGAUCCACAAGGCUGGGUUAUAUGCCGGAAUCAGUAUAACUGCCGGGGUUGUCCUGGUGAUAUUUGGUGUCCUGAUAGUGUUCCUGGUGGUGAACAAGAAAAAGGAAAAGAGGAAUAAAGACACUAAGCAGGAGAUGGUAAACCAGUGGCUUGAGGAUGACUUUGAAUGGCCCACACCCAACACCAGGUCCACCACAACACCUCACCCAGGGACGUACGAUAACCCAGCAUACACCAACGGGGUGUCAAAUAUCUACCAACACUCAAGCGGUCCUCUUCCAACCUAUAAUCCCAACCCACAGUCGAGCGAAAGAUACCCUCCACCAUACUACCCCUCAGAGCCCCACAACCAAAUGCACAGCUCCCCAAGCAACCAGCCUGUAAGGAUCAACAGACCGCAGAUCAGAACAUCUUAUGACUUGUAGCAUCCUCUUACUCACAAGAAAAAGUGCCUACAGAUGCUAAUUUGAGUCAGUACAUUCCUAAAGAAAAUAUUGCACUUUUUUACUCCAUACAUUUUCCCUGACAACCAAAAGUACUCAUUACGUUUUGAAUGCUUAGCAGAACAGGAAAAUAGUCCAAUUCAAGCACUUUUCAGGAGAACACGUGGCCAUCCCUACUGCCUCUGGCCUGGCGGACUCAGUAAGCACAAAUGCAUCUUUUGUAAAUAAUCUCUGUUGGAGCAUGCCCUUGGCUAUCUUUACAUUUUGAAAAAAAUAAAAUGGUCUGUUUUGCUUAAUAUAAAGUAUUUUUAAGUGAUUUACACUUUUACUUUUAGUA